UAAAGAUUAGAAUUUUAUAAAGCCAUGGAGCUAGCUGGAAACUUGGAGGCCGAUGUAGAGCUCAAGUCCUCAGCUAACGAGUUCUUCAAAGUUUUUACCAUCCAGCGUUACCUAAUUCCAAUUGCCUCUCCUGAUAAAGUCCAACACAUUUUCUGGGAAACUGCUGGCUCUGUCAAGCUCUUUACCUGGAAGUAUACCAUAGAUGGAAAGCAAGAGAUAUUCAAAGAGAAGACAGAGAUAGAUGAGCCAAACAAUGCAGUAACUUUGACAGGAGUGGAAGGCGAUCCUCUUGAACAAUACAAGAGUUAUAAGGGUACAUUUACUGCAAUCCCAAAGAAUAGUGGGGCCUUAGUUAAAAUCAAUUUGGAAUAUGAAAAAUUUAAACCUUCAGAUGCUCCUCCAACUAAGUACCUGAACUUUCUGAUUUCUCUUGUCAAGGAUGUUGAUGCAUACCUUGUCAAGCGCUGAUUAACUAUCAUAUAUACUUAAUAUGAUCUCUAUAGUAGUUAUAAUAAUUGCAAAUAAAAACCUGGAAAAGCUUAGUUUUCUAGGAUUAAUUUCAUGGUUAAUCAAUGUCUCGUUGUGUAUUUAAUCCAAAACCUAACCUAUUAGGUGGUGGAAAUAGCUAUUAUGUAUCAUGUUAAAAUAUAUAUCUCUUGUUUUUAUUAUUGUGUUCUA